AUGUCAGAUUUUGAUUUUAACGAAUUAUCACUUCCUGCAGACACAUUAGCACUUCUUCAAGAAUUUAGGCAAGAAGAAGAGGAACGUCAAAAGGAAUUUGAUAAAUUAUAUGAUGCAACAGAUGAAACGUAUCAAAAGAAGAAAAGGGAAGAAGGUAUGAAUCUUUUCAAAGAGGAUUGGCAAUUAUCUCAAUUUUGGUAUAGUGAUUCUACCGCGGAUAUAUUAGCGGAUGCUCUUUUGGAAGGUGCAGAUGAAGAUACUGUUAUUGCAGUGGUCAGUGCACCAUCUGUUUACGCUGCUAUUCAAAAAAGACCUGAUUCUGAAAUACCAACGAAACAUAUUUAUUUAUUCGAAUACGAUAAAAGAUUUGAAUUAUUAGCAGGGAAGGAACAUUUUGUAUUUUAUGAUUAUAAGACACCUGAUGAAUUUGAUAGUGAUAUUAAGGGGAAAGUGGAUAGAUUGUUGAUUGAUCCACCAUUCUUGAAUGAAAAUUGUCAAACCAAAUCAUCGAUUACAGCAAAGACUUUGUUAGCACCAAAAGGUGAUGGCAACAAUGCCAAGACGAAAAAUGGUGUCUUGAAACAUCGCCUGAUGUCAUGUACAGGUGAAAGAAUGCAUGAAAUUAUAUCUAAAGUAUAUCCUGAUACUAAGAUCACUACUUUCCUUCCUGAACAUGGGAAUGGGUUAAGUAAUGAGUUUAGAUGUUAUGCUAAUUUUGAAUGUUCUCAUUGGAAAUUUGACCCAAAGCAGUAG